AUGAAGUCGGUUAAUUUUAAAAAGACUAGAAAAUUAAAUACUUUUUAUUUAGAAAAUAGACAUAACAUUAAUUUGUCUGCUACAUCAAUCCAACAAUAUUCAACCGCUACUAAUGUUCUUACUUCAGUUAACAACGAUCAAUCUAAGAGCGUUGUUCUUCAAAAUGAAAAUGUUCAUUCGUAUAGAUCUCAAGGAAAUGAAAAUACGCCCUUACAAUUUUCUCCUUCGUACAUAAAUGUUAGAACUCCGUUAUCUAACAUUACAAAUGCUAACAUUGGUUUCAAUAACUACCCCACUUCAACGUUAGCAAAUAAAAGAAACUACUCUGUGCUUUCAGACGAUAUGACAUCCAGAAUUGCAUCUACAAUAUUUCAAUCUUCAUCAUCAAUCAAGUUAAAUCCAGGAUGUCAUAAAUUAAAAAGGAAAUCGAAACAUUUAUCUCCUAUUCCAUUAAUUGACCUGACAGCAGAUGUAGAAAAUAUACAUGAGGUCAUAUAUGAAAACUUAAUCGUUGGUAUUUCGAAAGAAUAUUUGGAUCAUGGUGAUCAGUUUGUUGUAUGUCAAACAUGUCGUGCAAAGUUAUGGACAAAUGAAUCCAUUAGAGGCAAACAAAAAAGGAACACAGAUUUUUCAUUAUGUUGUGGUUAUGGCAAGGUUCAACUACCAGAUUUAAAGAAGGCACCACCAACUUAUGAAAGAAUGUUUCAAUCAAACGAUUCUAAAAGCAAAAACUUCAUGAAAAAUAUUCGACGUUACAAUUCAAUGUUUUCUUUUACAUCGAUGGGUGGUAAAAUUGAUUCUUCAAUCAAUAGAGGAAAUGCUCCAUACAUUUUCAGACUUGGUGACCAAAAUUAUCAUAGUAUUGAAAGUCUUUUACCAGCAAAAGGAUCGCAACCAAAAUUCUCUCAGUUAUACAUUUAUGAUACCGAGAAUGAAAAUUCAAACAGACAGAGAUGUUUUGGGGAAAACCACCCAUCUACAUCAUUUGAUAAUGAUAUUAUUGAAGAUUUGAAGGUGAUGUUAGAUUCAAAUAAUGUCUUGGUUAGCUCUUAUAGAAUGGUAAGAGAUGCUUUUCAAAGAAAUCCUCACGUUGAUAUGAAGUUAAGAAUUAUCGGGCAAAGGAAUCGUGAUGGAAGGACAUAUAACCUACCAACUGCUUCUGAGGUUGCAGCUUUAAUUGUAGGUGACAUUUCUGAUUCGAUUGAAAAUAGAGAUAUCGUUGUUCAAACAAAAUCGGGAUUUCUACAACGUAUCAGUGAAUUGCAUCCUUCUUACCUUCCUCUCCAGUAUCCACUACUAUUUCCAUAUGGGGAUGAUGGUUACAGUUUUGACAUUCUUCAUAGAGGCAACAACAUGUUCUUAGAUGCGAGUCUUAUGAGAAUUUACGUAACCAAAAAGCUCAAGGAGCUACAAGGAUAUUCUAUAAAGUAUUUAUUCAAAUACAUAAACAAAGGACCUGAUAGAGCUACAGUUGCCGUUGUACGAAGCAACAAUGAUUGUGAUAAUCAUGAAGCGGUCGAUGAAAUAAAUGAAUAUUACGAUUGUAGAUAUUUAUCUGCAUGUGAAGCGUCAUGGCGAAUUUUUAAAUAUGAUGUUCAUUACAGGUAUCCUUCUAUAGUUAGACUACCUUUUCAUCUUCCUGGUCAACAGCAGAUUGUAUAUGGGGAAGACGAUGAUAUUGAUGAUGUUUUGGACAAACAUUUUGUUGCUGCUUCAAUGUUCACAACUUGGAUGAAGUGUAAUGCAAUUUCUUGUGAUGCACGGAAGCUUACGUAUGUUGAAUUUCCUACAAAGUUUGUUUUGGAAUCGUAA